CGGGUGGGAAAGGAUGUCGGUCACUGUAUCAAUUUCCUGAGAAAAAGCAAAGAAAUUGAACCCAGGAAAAAAAUAUACAAAUAAACUUGUAACUCUGUGAGAAGAAAUAGUCUUGUUGCUUCAAUUAUCUGCGAUGGCUUCUUCUUCUUCUUCUUCUCAAGUGAAGUAUGAUGUUUUCCUCAGUUUCAGAGGUGAGGACACUCGAGACAAUUUUACCAGCCACCUCAAUGCAGCUUUGUGUCGGAGAAAGAUUGUUACUUUCAUCGAUGAUCAACUUGUAAGAGGAGAUGAGAUAUCACCAUCUCUUUUGAAUGCGAUUAGGGGAUCAAAGAUUUCAAUCAUCAUAUUCUCGAAAGGUUAUGCUUCUUCUACAUGGUGCCUCCAAGAACUUGUAGAGAUCCUCGAUUGCAAGAGAAGGUACGGUCAGAUUGUGAUUCCAGUGUUCUAUCAUGUAGAUCCAUCAGAUGUAAGGAAGCAAACAGGGACUUAUGGAGAUGCAUUUGGCCAGCAUGAAGUAAGAUAUAUGGAGAAAAAAGAGAAGUUGCAGAGAUGGAGGAAUGCUUUGACGGAAGCAGCCAAUAUAUCUGGCUUUGAUUCAAAUUCCAUCAGGCCUGAAUCGAAACUUCUUGACACAAUUACUGAAUGUAUUUUGGAGAGUUUGAAUGAUAAUUCUCAUAGCGAUAAUAAGAACUUGGUUGGAGUAGCAAUGAAGAUCCAGAAAAUUAAAUCUUUAUUGUCUGAUCAGUCAAGUAAAGUAUGCAAGGUAGGACUCUGGGGUAUGGGUGGCAUAGGCAAGACGACUCUUGCUGAAGCAGUCUUCAAAGAAAUCUCAAGUCAAUUUGAAGCUUCGUAUUUUGCUCGAAAUGUUAGGGAAGCAUCAAAUAUAAAUCAACUGCGUCGUUUGCAAAAAGAAUUUCUUUAUGCAAUAUUAGGGGAUAAACACCUUGAUAUAAGCCACACAUCCACAAAAGAAAGGCUUGGACGUAAAAGAGUUUUUACUGUUUUUGAUGAUGUGACAGAUUCAAAACAAAUAAAAGAAUUUAUUGAAGAUCCUGAAGGCUUGGGUUUUGGAAGUCAAAUCAUUAUAACCACAAGGGAUAAACAAAUGCUAACAAUUUAUGGAUUGGAUGAUUCUACCAUAUAUGAGGUCGAAGGAUUAGGUGGUGACGAAUCUUUUAGACUUUUUAAACAACAUGCCUUCAAACAAAACCAUCCAAUUGAUGAAGUUUACUUGAAGCUUUCAGAAAAAGUUAUAAGUUAUACAAAAGGUUUGCCUUUAGCUCUCGAAGUUUUAGGUAACCAUCUCCUUGGUAGAGGAAAACUUGAAUGGGAUAGUGCACUGGAAGAUUUACAAAAAUCUCCAUAUGAGGGUAUCCAAAAGGUGCUUAAGAUCAGUUAUGAUGGAUUAUUUGAUAAAGAGAAGACUUUAUUUUUAGAUAUUGCAUGCUUCUUUAAAGGAUGUGAUAAAUAUCUAGUUGGUACAUUUAGUUCACAUAUUCGAAUACGUGUUCUUGUUGAUAAAGCUCUUAUAUCUAUUCUAUUUACCACAAUAGAAAUGCAUGAUUUGAUUCAAGAGAUGGGUUGGGAAAUUGUCCGGCAAGAGUCAAUCACUAAACUUGGCCAACGCAGUCGAUUGUGGCAUCAUGAAGAUGUAGAUCGUGUAUUGAAAAAAAAUUUGGGAACUGACAAAAUAAGAGGCAUGCUCUUUAAUAUGGUUGAAAUGAGAAAGAUCCACUUCAAUCCUCAUGCUUUCUCAGAGAUGGCUAAUCUAAGACUCCUUAUGGUAAAAAACUUAUAUUGGGGAUACAAUAAUGACAUUCAUGGUUUUGACAACAUUGAAUUUGAUUUCUCAGAGUUAGAAUGCCUUUGUUGGGAUUUUUACCCUUUCCCAUCGUUGCCUUUGAAAUUUGAUCCUGAUAACCUUGUUGUACUUAAGAUGCAAGACAGUUAUCUUGAACAACUAUGGACGGGCAUCAAGAAUCUUGCUUGUUUAAAAUACAUUGACCUAAGUCACUCAAGACAUCUACUUGAAGUCCCAGACCUUUCAAAGGCUUCAAAUCUAGAGCGGUUGAUUCUCUAUGGCUGCUCUAAUCUCAACACUGCUCCAAGGAUAUCAGGUAAUAUGGAAAGAUUGUGUUUGGAUGGAACUGCAAUAAAAACCUUAUCGUCUUCCAUAGAAAGCUCUUCCAGACUAGUUGAACUGAAUCUUAAGAAUUGCUUAAGCCUUGAAAGUCUUCCAAGCAGCCUUUGUAAUUUGACAUCACUUCGAAAGCUUGAUCUUUCUGGUUUGUCAAAUCUAAAGAUGGUUCCAGAGUUCCCAUCUGAGAUCCUAGAGUUGCAUUUAGAUGGAACUGCAGUAAAAGAAUUGUCUUCAUCGAUUGGGAAAGUAUCAUCUCUGAUAAGAUUAAGUCUUAAAAAUUGUUCAAGCCUUGAAAGUCUUCCAAGCAACCUUUGUAAUUUGACAUCUCUUCGAGAGCUUGAUCUCUCUGGUUCGUCAAAUCUAAAGAUGGUUCCAGAGUUCCCACCUGAGAUCCUAGAGUUGUAUUUAGAUGGAACUGCAGUAAAAGAAUUGUCUUCAUCGAUUGGGAAAGUAUCAUCUCUGAUAAUAUUAAGUCUUAGAAAUUGUUCAAGGCUUGAAAUUCUUCCAAGCAGCCUUUGUAAUUUGACAUCUCUUCGAAAGCUUGAUCUCUUUGGUUCGUCAAAUCUAAAGAUGGUUCCAGAGUUCCCACCUGAGAUCCUAGAGUUGCAUUUAGAUGGAACUGCAGUAAAAGAAUUGUCUUCAUCGAUUGGGAAAGUAUCAUCUCUGAAAAGAUUAAGUCUUAGAAAUUGUUCAAGCCUUGAAAGUCUUCCCAACAGCCUUUGUACUUUGACAUCUCUUGAAGAGCUUGAUCUCUCUGGUUCGUCAAAUCUAAAGAUGGUUCCAGAGUUUCCACCUGAGAUCCUAGAGUUGUAUUUAGAUGGAACUGCAGUAAAAGAAUUGUCUGCAUCGAUUGGGAAAGUAUCAUCUCUGAAAAGAUUAAGUCUUAGAAAUUGUUCAAGCCUUGAAAUUCUUCCAAGCAGCCUUUGUAAUUUGACAUCUCUUCGAAAGCUCGAUCUCUCUGGUUCGUCAAAUCUAAAGAUGGUUUCGGAGUUUCCACCUGAGAUCCUAGAGCUGUAUUUAGAUGAAACUGCAAUGAAAGAAUUGUCUUCAUCGAUUGGGAAAGUAUCAUCUCUGAAAAGAUUAAGUCUAAGAAAUUGCUCAAGCCUUGAAAGUCUUCCAAGCAGCCUUUGUAAUUUGACAUCUCUUCCAAAGCUUGAUCUCUCUGGUUUGUCAAAUCUAAAGAUGGUUCCAGAGUUCCCACCUAAGAUCCAAGAGUUGUAUUUAGAUGGAACUGUAGUGAAAGAAUUGUCUUCAUCGAUUGGGAAAGUAUCAUCUCUGAAAAGAUUAAGUCUUAGAAAUUGUUCAAGCCUUGAAAGUCUUCCAAGCAGCUUUUGUAAUUUGACAUCUCUUCUAGAGCUUGAUCUCUCUGGUUUGUCAAAUCUAAAGAUGGUUCCGGAGUUCCCACCUAAGAUCCUAGAGUUGUAUUUAGAUGGAACUGCAGUAAAAGAAUUGUCUUCAUCGAUUGGGAAAGUAUCAUCUCUGAUAAGAUUAAGUCUUAGAAAUUGUUCAAGCCUUGAAAUUCUUCCAAGCAGCCUUUGUAAUUUGACAUCUCUUCGAGAGCUUAAUCUCUCUGGUUUGUCAAAUCUAAAGAUGGUUCCAGAGUUCCCACCUGAGAUCCUAGAGUUGUAUUUAGAUGGAACUGCAGUAAAAGAAUUAUCUUCAUCGAUUGGGAAAGUAUCAUCUCUGAUAAGAUUAAGUCUUAGAAAUUGUUCAAGCCUUGAAAGUCUUCCCAACGGCCUUUGUACUUUGACAUCUCUUGAAGAGCUUGAUCUCUCUGGUUCGUCAAAUCUAAAGAUGGUUCCAGAGUUCCCACCUGAGAUCCUAGAGUUGUAUUUAGAUGGAACUGCGGUAAAAGAAUUGUCUUCAUCGAUUGGGAAAGUAUCAUCUCUGAAAAGAUUAAGUCUUAGAAAUUGUUCAAGCCUUGAAAGUCUUCCCAACAGCCUUUGUAAUUUGACAUCUCUUCGAAAGCUUGAUCUUUCUGGUUCGUCAAAUCUAAAGAUGGUUCCAGAGUUUCCACCUGAGAUCCUAGAGUUGUAUUUAGAUGGAACUGCAGUAAAAGAAUUGUCUGCAUCGAUUGGGAAAGUAUCAUCUCUGAAAAGAUUAAGUCUUAGAAAUUGUUCAAGCCUUGAAAGUCUUCCAAGCAGCCUUUGUAAUUUGACAUCGCUUCGAGAGCUUGAUCUCUCUGGUUUGUCAAAUCUAAAGAUGGUUCCAGAGUUCCCACCUGAGAUCCUAGAGUUGUAUUUAGAUGGAACUGCAGUAAAAGAAUUGUCUUCAUCGAUUGGGAAAGUAUCAUCUCUGAAAAGAUUAAGUCUUAGAAAUUGUUCAAGCCUUGAAAGUCUUCCAAGCAGCCUUUGUAAUUUGACAUCUCUUCGAGAGCUUAAUCUCUUUGGUUCGUCAAAUCUAAAGAUGGUUCCAGAGUUCCCACCUAAGAUCCUAGAGUUGUAUUUAGAUGGAAUUGCAGUAAAAGAAUUGUCUUCAUCGAUUGGGAAAGUAUCAUUUCUGAUAAGAUUAAGUCUUAGAAAUUGUUCAAGCCUUGAAAGUCUUCCAAGCAGCCUUUGUAAUUUGACAUAUCUUCGAGAGCUUGAUCUCUCUGGUUCGUCAAAUCUAAAGAUGGUUCCAGAGUUCCCACCUGAGAUCCUAAAGUUGUAUUUAGAUGGAACUGCAGUAAAAGAAUUGUCUUCAUCGAUUGGGAAAGUAUCAUCUUUGGUAACAUUAAGUGUUAGAAAUUGUUCAAGCCUUGAAAGUCUUCCAAGCAGCCUUUGUAAUUUGACAUCUCUUCUAGAGCUUGAUCUCUCUGGUUUGUCAAAUCUAAAGAUGGUUCCAGAGUUCCCACCUGAGAUCCUAAAGUUGUAUUUAGAUGGAACUGCAGUAAAAGAAUUGUCUUCAUCGAUUGGGAAAGUAUCAUCUUUGGUAACAUUAAGUGUUAGAAAUUGUUCAAGCCUUGAAAGUCUUCCAAGCAGCCUUUGUAAUUUGACAACUCUUCGAGAGCUUGAUCUCUCUGGUUUGUCAAAUCUAAAGAUGGUUCCAGAGUUUCCACCUGAGAUCCUAGAGUUGUAUUUAGAUGGAACUGCAGUAAAAGAAUUGUCUUCAUCGAUUGGGAAAGUAUCAUCUCUGAAAAGAUUAAGUCUUAGAAAUUGUUCAAGCCUUGAAAGUCUUCCAAGUAGCCUUUGUAAUUUGACAUCUGUUCGAAUGCUUGAUCUCUCUAGUUCGUCAAAUCUAAAGAUGGUUCCAGAGAUCCCACCUGAGAUCCUGGAGUUGUAUUUAGAUGGAACUGCAGUAAAAGAAUUGUCUUCAUCGAUUGGGAAAGUAUCAUCUCUGAUAAGAUUAAGUCUUAGAAAUUGUUCAAGCCUUGAAAGUCUUCCAAGCAGCCUUUGUAAUUUGACAUCUCUUCGAGAGCUUGAUCUCUCUGGUUCGUCAAAUCUAAAGAUGGUUCCAGAGUUCCCACCUGAGAUCCUAGAGUUGUAUUUAGAUGGAACUGCAGUAAAAGAAUUGUCUUCAUCGAUUGGGAAAGUAUCAUCUCUGAUGAGAUUAAGUCUUAGAAAUUGUUCAAGCCUUGAAAGUCUUCCAAGCAACCUUUGUAAUUUGACAUAUCUUUGA